AUGCGUGACAUGCGUAGUCUUCAGGAUCUAAAGGCGUGCAUCCUAAGGUGUCGGAGAUCAGAUCUUGAUAGGCUAAUCAAGCUCACAAAUCUUCCACGUGGAGGCUUAAAACAGGAUAUACAACUGAGACUUAUUGCAUAUUUGGAUCAAGAGCCCUCAACAGAAUUCCUUGUUGCCCUCAUAGAACUAAAUAAACGGAUGUACAGUACAAACAAUCUUCAACCUACUCGACAAGCAAAUGGAAAAGCCAACCCAUCUCAGCCUACAAAUGAUCCUCUUACUUCUCGGCUGUACCUAACUGCUGCUGCUACUACUACUACUAGUCGUCCUACAGAAAUACCGGUAAAUAAUCAUCAGUCACACCCGCGUUCGACAGGAACAAAUGUGAAUUUCAGUUGUCAAAAGGAUCAGUCACAUUCCAGUCUUCCCAAUUCACAACUUUGUCAGAAUAGUACAAGUGUUGUUGAACAGUCGUCCUCGAGUAGCAUGAAUGCAGAAAUCGAAAGGCAGCAUCAAUUCCAGCAGACCAGUUCAUCAUAUCAGUUUCCGUAUAAUUCAUCCAUAUCUCAGAAUCCUAUGAUUACUCCAUCUGUUUGGGCAGCAUGGGCAUCUGCCAACAAACUAUUACCAAAACACCAGGGAGCAAAAAACUCAUCAUCUGAACUUCUUGAAACUUCUCAUAGCAGUUCUUGUUCCCAUAUUGCUGUUACGUCCAUUCCUAACCCAUCCAAUCAAGGUUUGUCUUUCGUAUCUUCUCAAACUUCGGCGUGUACAUCAGGUUCUGAAUCAAAUAAAGCUGGUGUCACCUACAAAAUAGGCCCCCUUAUAACAUUGGCUGGAGUCGAUGGAUCAUUUAAACUACCUAAUGUUCUCCCAGAAUUCUACUUCAAAGAGUCCCCUUUUUUAAAAUUGAUUGAUGUUCUCUCGCCACCACAAAUUAUCCUUCCUGCACAUAUUGGUUUUGCUACUGGUCGUCGAUCCUACGACCGUUCUUUAGCGCUAAGAUUUACAUCAGAUCAAGUAGAAACUAUCACUUAUCAUUGUUGUCGUGGAGCUGAUGACCGGAUGGAAUUUGGAGUACAAGUGAUUAUGCGUUUUGCUCGAUUAGAUCCACAGGCUUGUCAAGAUCUUGUAGAAACAUAUGAAUUGUCUGGUGGUCGUAAAUCGAACAAUUCAACUAUAAAUAAGCCUAUUCAAAUUCCUCAGGUUGAUGAUAGUUUACCAGUUCACUUAAUAAUUCAAGUAAAUGGUCGUCCUAUUCCACUACCACCUCUUUUACCAAGUAAUCGUCCAGGUAUGGAUGGACGACGUAAUGCCAGACCUAUCAAUAUUACACAAUGUCUUCAUGUUUCUCCUACUGUUCCAAAUUACAUCAAAUUGACUUGGACUCAUGAUUAUGCUAGUUUUACAUACAAUGUUGUCGGAAUAUACCUGAUGCGUAGGCGUUCACCUCAACAAUUAUGUACUUUAUUAAAUUCUACUUCAUUUAAAAGUGCUAAUACAAUGCGAAUGGAGAUAAUAAGAAAACUCAGUUCUAAUGCUAAUAGUAUUAAUAGUAUUUCUGGUGUACUUAAACAGAGUCGUUCCACAGGGAAUGCUGACGCCGGUGAUGAUGAUGAUGACGACGAUGUAGUAAUGCCAAAUACUUUGCCUGUUCAACUUCUUUGUCCCCUGUCUAAAUGUCGUAUUGAAGUGCCUGUACGUGGCCGUAAUUGUCGUCAUGUCCAGUGCUAUGAUGCAACAACUUACCUUAUAAUUAAUGAGCGUAAACCAACUUGGAAUUGUCCUGUGUGUGAUGUUAAAGCUCCUUACGAUGAUUUAAUAAUUGAUGGUCUAUUUCUAGAAGUUCUACGCUCAAAACGAGCUCAAGAUCUUGAUGAAGUUAUAUUUCAUGCUGAUGGAUCUUGGUCAUCUAUAAGUGGGCAUAUGAUGUCUAAUAAUCAGAUAGUAGAGCACGAUGCUGAUAAUAUGCUUACAUCGGAGUCACCAACAUGUGUUGAUUAUAAUCAACCGUACACUUUACAAGAAAGUCCUUACACAAGUCAUAUCACUCCGAAUUCCAUUAGAUCAGCUACAGAUUCAGUUGGAUCUUCUUCACUUGCACCAUCAUUUAACACUUUAUCCCCUACGAGCUCAGUGAAUUCUUCGUCUAAUCCAUAUACUCUUCCUGGUAAUGUAUUACCACAAUCUCCUGCAGUUAGUAUACUUCCUGGAAGUGUCGUAUCAUUGUCUAGAAAUGAUGUUAACACUUCUUCUACUGGCUCUACUGCAAAUGUUUGUCAAAUGCCACUUGUUAGUCAGUUGUCACGUGACAAAGAAAUAAACCAACAAGCCUGUCAAGAGCCCUCUACAUUCACUAUUGACUUAACACUGUCUGAUGAUGAAAAUGAACUGCCCAGUACAAGUGUACCAAAAACUUCAGAAAGCACCCCGUCAACAGUAGUGGCCAACCCUGCUGAACGUCCAGUUAAUAAAGUGACACCAAUGUCAUCAUCAUCUUCAUCUUUAUCACCACAAUUCCCACCUAGUGAAUUUUCACAUUCUGAAAAUAUUUCUCAAUUUCCUGUUUCUUCACGAAGUGAUGGUGCAUCCUCGUCAUCAUCAUCAUCAGCAGCACCCGCAGCAGUAGCAACAUCGUCAAACAUCGUUUCACACUAUAGUUGUUGUAGUCAGACACCUGUUUGUACAACACAAUCGAAUGUUACACGGCCAUCUUGUGUUGCUAUUAACCCAACUUGUAAUUAUCCUGCUACACACGUUACACCUUCGAGUAUGAAUCGUUUCCCAUCUUCAAGUGGUUGUGAUACAGUGAGAAAUCCAUGUAAUGUUAUCGUUAAUUCCAGUGUACAGUCUAAUAUUCCUGUCACCUUGUCAACAACAGCAUCACGUGGAAGUAAACGUUGCGCUCCGUCAGAGUAUAACCAUUCGCCAUCCGAUUGUCAUCAAUCUGUACAUCAAGUAAUAAACAAUGCUGAGGUACGUAAUAUCCCAACUAUUCAGAGUGUAUCAUCUCUUUCAAGCGAAGCUAGGCAUUAUCCGCAUCCACCAGCAAAAGUACCACGAAAUGAAGUUAUGCAUAAUCAAUUUCCUGGGCCUUCUUCAGCACGUUAUCAGGGUGUUUAUUUUAAUAAUGAUAAUAGUAAUGGUAAUAGUCCGAGAAGGUCUACAAAUAGUCCUGGUGUUUCAGAUACUUAUGCCCAUUAUACUGUUUAUCGACAACAACAAUCUCACAGUUUUCAUUCUAGACAGCCUACAUCUUAUCAUCCAGGUCUUUCAUCAGAUCGUCCAUAUCCCACUGAAAAUUCUUCAAAUAAUAACACUCGGUACACAACUUACAAUCAAAAUGAUGCCAACGGUAUUAGUCGAAUGGUAUCCAGUUAUUAUCCACCUUCUAGAAGUGGUAAUUAUCCAUCUCCACUUUGUGCUGAAUCAAAUCAGUAUAAUAGACCAAUAUUGCCUAAUCCUCGCAAUCCUUAUUCGUGUUAUGAUAUGAAUUACAGAAAUUCAGCUAGUCCAUCUUCUACCAGGGAAAUACCUCCUGUUUUGUUAAAUUGUAUUUGCAAUUCUCCAAAUUAUCGACUUUACGACUGCACUACCGAUUUACAGAUAUGGACAUACUUUUGCGUUAAUAGAAGUACUUGUUAUGAGUUAUUAUUGUUGGCGGCGGCGGUGGUUGUUAGUGAUGUAUUCAACUUGUUUUGUACAGAAGAAAUCCAAUUCAAAAUUUCCUCAUCAGAUGAAAUUCUCUCCUGUUCAGUGCUCAUUUUUGAUUAUUUACCUAUUCACAGUUCACCUGUAAAUAAUAUCAGUGAUGCAGUUUUACAAGUUAUUUUUGUUUAUUGUAUCUAUCUAUACGUGUGA